AUGAGACCUGUAAAAAAAAAUGAUAAAAAAAUCGCAACACCGGUAGAAGAUACUGAUGAUUCAGAUAAAGAAAUGUAUGAAAAAAAGAAAUGUUCAAUAUCUAGUAAUUCGAUAUUUAGAGAAGGGGAAAUAGUGUGGUUAGAUGCAAAAAAGAUAUUGGAUGAGAAUAUGCUCGCAAAAUGCAACGAGAUUAAUGAAACUCCAAUCAGAUAUUGGCCAUCAAUUAUUACUAAGAUAAUAUCACCCUUAGGAAGUAAAAAUCCGGAAAAUGAUUAUUACACAAUAAAAUUAAUGAUAUUACGUGGCCAAAAGGAUGUUGAUAUAAAUUCGAUUCAACCUUGGCUUCUUUAUAGGCCUGAAAUUUUGGGUACACGAAAAGCUUCCAGAAUAUCAUCAGACAUAGAUGUGGACAAUCCGGAGCCAGAACAGAUUGCUGCUGCUUAUAUUAAAGCCGUACGUCAAGCACGUGAUAUUGGAACCACAUAUACUCCAGUAUCUCAGUAUGAUUAUCGUCGUCCUUCAAAUGUUCAGGGUCCAAACGAGGCAAAAUCGAAACGUUUCGCUGAAAUGGAAAAAUAUACACAUUUUAGAGCAAUCUACUUUGGUGCUGAAAUUCUAUGUGAAGAUGAUAUAGUACGAUUGAUCCCCGAUAAGAGUGCUCGAAGAGGAAAAGGCUCAUCAUCAAACGGUAGAAAGACUGAUCAUAGAUCAUAUCUACAAAUUACUGGUAUCUAUAAACAUCCAAAAAAAGGAAUCCAUUUAACAGGUGAUAUGUAUAAUCGAGGAAAUUUAUUAGAAAAUAAUAAAUAUCAGUGGUUUCCGGUGAAUGAGGAUGAUGAAGAGUAUAAUAUAGACUUGUCUGAAGUUGCUGGUCGAUUUUAUCCAAUGUGGCCAGAUCACACAGAAAUCAUGCCUUGUAAAACUGCCAAUGUGUUACAAAAAAGACGCGCGAUGACUGGCGAAGAUGAAUCGACACUUACUACUGACUUUUGGUUGUCUCUUAAACCUGAAGAAAUUAAUUCUGAUGAUUCGAUGAGUCAAUCUGAGCUAUCUGACCUUUCACAUUCGACGCAACAAACCAGGAAACGAACAAUACCUUUCGAUCAUCCACUAGAUGAAUUACCUAAAAAAUGCAAGACCGAAGUUUCAAACCCUGAAAUCAAAAUUGACAUUUUAUUACCGACAUCAAACAUACCUAAUAGUGAAAAUGAUUAUACUUUAACCAAUAAUGUUACUUCUGAAACAUCCAGUU